GUGAGUUUUGCCCGUCUCCCUACGGUCACACUGCAGCCUAGACGAAAAAAAGACGCGAAAAGAUGCAUAGAAUAUAAACAACGGUGUACUAUGCGACCGUAUAAAUUUUUGAGAUUACAUACUGAAAAAUGGAAGCAAUAUCGAAGAUUCCCCUGAUAUUGUGUGCCUUGUUCGUCGUGGCCAACUGGGCAGUUGCCGUCAGUGGCGAAGGUUUCAGCUGCCAGGCCAUCUACAGUAGCGUCGAGGCAUCUCUAGCCGAAGUGCCGCGACAGCAUCGUCCGCAGAUCCGGCCAAGGACGAGGACAUGGCAGGAGCACGAGUUCUCGCUGCUGGGCUACAAGUUUCACCUGCCGUUCGUGGGGCAUGCAGUCGACUCGGAACUAGAUGAUAGUGACAGUGAUGAGGGUCUGUGGCUGGACGCACUGGACGCCGGAUCGGAGAGCGUGGAGGUGGAGGAGCACGACCUGCCUGCCGAUGGUCAGGUGAAUCACUCGGCCAAUGUGUUCAAGCUCAGCUGCGAACGUGUGGGUCUGCGGCAAGUCAACCAGGAGCUGAUUUCGCAGCGGAGUGCGCACAUAAAUUACCACCAGCUGAUGCUGGUCCAUGUGGCAGAUGAUCUCGGCAAUCCCCUCAAGCUGCCGCAGUACGAGAGCGUCAGGGAGUUCUCCUGGCUGGAGAGCGGCCUACGGGAUGAAACGAUCAGGCAGCUCUUCACCCGCCAGCCCCACUGCUUCGAGUACAUGGAGCGAUUAAACCUCGCCGAGAAUCAGCUGGAGUGCCUGAAUUGGGCCAUACCCCAGGCUAUGCGACGCUUGAAAGUACUUAAGAUGAGCGGCAACCGGCUGGCCAACUGCAGUCUGAUGAACCUGCAGCACAUGAAUCACCUGGAUGAACUGCACUUGGACAGAAAUGGAUUGAGCCACUUGCCGCAGCGCUUCCUGGGCGAGCUAAGCGAACUGCGUAUGCUUAAUCUCAGCCAGAAUUUGCUGACAGAGCUUCCGCGCGACAUAUUCGGAGGAGCCUUGAAGCUGGAGCGGCUCUAUCUGUCCGGGAAUCGGCUGACUGUCCUGCCAUUCCAGCUCUUCCAAACCGCACGCGAUCUUCAAGUGCUGGACCUGAGCGACAACCGACUGCUCUCCUUUCCGGACAACUUCUUUGCCCGGAACGGCCAGCUCCGCCAGCUGCACUUGCAGCGCAAUCAGCUCAAGUCCAUUGGCAAGCACAGUCUUUACAGUCUGCGGGAACUGCGGCAGCUGGAUCUCAGUCAGAACUCGCUGGCCGUCAUCGAUCGCAAGGCGUUUGAGUCCCUGGACCAGCUGCUGGCCCUGAACGUGUCCGGCAACAACCUGACCCUGCUGUCCUCCAUCAUCUUCCAGUCGCUGCAUGCCCUCAGGCAAUUGGAUCUCAGUCGAAACCAGUUCAAGCAGCUGCCCAGCGGCCUGUUCCAGAGGCAGCGCUCCCUGGUGCUGCUGCGCAUCGAUGAGACGCCCAUCGAGCAGUUCUCCAACUGGAUAUCGCGUUACGAUGAGUCCCUGGUGGAUCCGCAGGUGCUCCAUCGCCUGCGUUACCUUUCCUUGCAGCAAAAUCGACGGCUCACCCAUUUGCCUGCCACUCUGUUCGCCAAUACUCCGAACAUAAGGGAGCUUUUGCUGGCCGAGAACGGAUUGCUGCAGCUGCCCUCCCAGAUCUCCGGGUUGUCCCGUCUCCAGCGGCUCAGUGUCCGCGGGAAUAGCUUGGCAUCGCUGCCGGAAAGUAUCAAGGAGCUCAGACAGCUGCACUACCUGAACAUUUUGGGCAACGAGUACCAGUGUGACUGCAGCAUGUACUGGCUAACCGCCUGGCUGGCCAAUACCAGCACCGGCCUUCGCCACCUGCCGCCCCAGGCACUCAUUAACAAUGCCAAUCCCAGCCAGACUCCGCUGGACUCGUACGAGAGCAUCGAUGACCAGAUCGAUGCACUGAAAUGUCAGUAUGGCUAUCCCGGCGAUAUGCUGCGCGUGCUCAGCAAUCUCAACUGCUCGGUACCCUCGGUGGUGCAGUUCUCCGAGCCCAAGAUGCACAAGCUCCUCUCUACCGCCAAGCUGGAGUGCCAGAUCUCCGGCAGCCCGGUACCGGACAUCAUAUGGGUUACGCCCCGCAAUAAGAUUCUGCGCCAUCAUGCAGAUCCCGACAAGCGACCGAUCAUCAUCGACAGCAAAGAGGAUGCUCACCAACCACCGAGUGCCCAGGAGUUGGCCGCCUUGAUGGACGAAAGUUACAUUCAGAACUUAAACUUGACGCGGCAACAAAGUCUGGUCGGUCAACGCGUGGUGUUGGUGGAGAACGGAUCGCUGCUGGUGCACAACAUUUCCAGGAUUGACAGUGGCUUGUACACUUGUUAUGCCUUCAAUGUAAUGGGCAAGGCCUCAGCGGGAUUACGACUGUACAUCGAUCCUAUUGUGUUCUACCGGGUGAAAAUCGGAAGCAUACUGUUUGGAACGGCGCUGGCCACCGCAUUUCUGCUGCUCACCUUGAUGGUGCAGGGAUUGAGGAGCUGUCUAUCCCGGUGGGGCAUCUGCGACCGUUUCUAUUGCUGCGCCAAUCGGAACAAGAAGUCACCGCGACCGCGCCAGAUAUACGCCAUGCUGGACAGCAUCGAGACCUACAAGAGCCAGCAGUUGGAGAGACUGCGCGAGAACUACGCCCAACAGGUGCACCGCAUCCGGGAGAACUGCGCCCAGCAGGUUGAGUGGAUCCAGAGCAGCUACACCAGCCAGGCCAAGCACAUUCGCGAGUUCCGAGACAUUGGUUCGAAUCACCUUACCACGCUGAAGGACCAAUACUACGAUCAGGUGAAGAAGGUCCGUGACUACUCGACCGGCCAGUUGAGCUGGGUGCGAGAGAACUACGUCUUCCAGAGGAACAAGAUCCGUAAGUUCAGUGCGCAUCAGGUGCUGCGCCUCCGGGAGGGAUACAAGUACCAACAGCAGACACUGAACAAGGUGCUGGAGAACCUGCCCAGUUUCUACUUCGAAAAUUGCCGCGGGCGCUGUGAAGAGGACAUAGCCGAGGACAUAGACUGCUAUUUCAAGGGCCAAAUGGACUUUGCAGGCUCCAAGGAGCUGCACAUUCAAAAAAUUAAAGCGCGCCUAUCUGCCAAUUACUCAGCCAGCAAGGCGUCGAUAUACUAUACCCCACCAGACGAUUGUCUGCUGCAUGCUUCGCAGCUGAACCUGCAAACCUCACCCAUCCACAUCAACUACAUUGACGAGAAUCUGGACGAGCAGAAGCAGUUGGAGCACGACUUUAAAAUGGAGCCUCAGCUGCUGCUGUUCAACGUUCCGAAGCUCUACCUAAAUCCGGAAGGAGCCAGCAGCAGUGGACAGGCGGCGGCCAUGGAGGCGGUAGCUGCCCUGUCGCAGUGCAUCAGCAUGGAGGACAAUAACCAAGAGCAGGAGAUGCAGCCCCUGAAGAAGACAAAUGGCCACCAAAUGGAACUAACCGAACUGAAGGACAUAAACGAUGUGAAGAACUCGAAAUCAUGUCCUGCCAUUUACAAGGUGUCGAAGCAGCGCGACGGCAGCACUCUGCAUGAGUUGCAGAAGGAAGGUGAAGAGCCCUACCAAAUGCUCCGCCUAAAUCCUGUGGAGACCGUGGGUCCUGCUGCGCAGCCGAGGACGGAGAAACUGAACAUUAUUCUUGAUGAAUGUGCGAGGGCAACCGAUGGAACGAUAAGUGAAACGCCUCCAUCAGAAUCCAGUUGCGAAUCGAACAGCUUGGCCGCCAGUUGCGGUGAUGUCUGCCAGGUUAGCAGCAAGCUGGCCAACGCUUCUUCUUCGUCGUCUCCUUCUCCCAGGGCAGCCCCUGCCAGCACUUAGAGAUUUUUUAAUUUAAAAUUAGUAAUUAUAUGAAAAGUGUACGAAAAUAUAAAUUGUAAAGUCUUAAGUGAAUCCAACACAUUUGCUAAGAAAUUAGUGUUAAAACCUCGAUAUGUAAUGGUAAGGGAGACAACAAUAAAUCCACUUAGCGUUAACUAGAAGAAAAACAUAUGAACUAAAGUGCUGAACACUAGAGAAUAUCGGAGCAAGUCAUACGAUUACACCCGGAAGAUGAUCAAAAUCGAAGAUUUAAGAAUUUAAUAUUGCGGUCAACUCAUACCUGGAAACCUACUGCUAAGGUAUCAUGUCAAUAACACUUGAAAAGAGUCCCCAUUUGUGAUUUCAUUGCAUUACGAGUAUAAAGCAUCAAAACUGUAACGAGCAAGGCGUAUUUUAAAGUAAAACCGACAAAUUUUAAUCAAAUUGUAUGGGAAGUAAAAACAAAGAUCUACAAAUAAAUGGUUUACUACAAAGCAA